AUGGGUUGUUUGGCAAUUGUCAAUCUCUUGUUAAGAGUUGUUUCAUUUGUUUGUUUAGCAACUUGUGUCACAAUUCUUACAACUUCUUCUUCUGAAAUGUCUGUUGCUUCAAUAUUUCAUGGUGAUGUUGAAGUCAAGUACAGGUUUACUGAUUUCUAUGCUUAUCGAUACAUGCUUGCUUGUUCUGGUGCUGGAUUUGUAUAUUCCCUUAUACAAACUGCAAUUGCAAUAAUCCAAGCCAAGACUGGAGAUUAUAUUUGUGAUAAACUUACUCACUUUGAUGUAUAUGCUGACAAGAUAAUGUCGAUCAUAGUGGGUACGGGUGCAGCAGCUGGAUUUGGAUUAACGGUGGAUUUGAAUCGAUUGCCUAAUCGUGCCAUGGUGACCGUUGAUUUUCUUAACAAAGAAAAUGCAGCAGCUAGUUUUUGUCUUGCGGGAUUUGCAUGCAACGUGAUUUCAUCUUUUAUUUCAUUUAAAAUAUUUAAGGAUGAUUAUUUGUAUGGUUGUUAGCUACUAAUUAAUUAGUAAUAUAUAUA